AGGAAGAGCAGCAAGAGGAGAAAAAUGAGGACUUUGCUUGAAAAGGACUGGGUAUGAAGGGACUAAUCCAGCAAAGGCAGGAGACACUGACCCAUCCAUGACUGGAAGUAGAUGGCUGUCCCCCAUGGCGCCCCCAUUCCAUCUGCCUAAUGCUACCGUCAAUGAUUGCCUCCUCACAUCAGGAAACAGUACCCUCCUGAGCUCCUCAACCUCCAGCAUGGCCGGCAUUGUGUUUCUCCUCCUGGCUGCCCUGAUUGGACUGCCUGGGAACUUCUUUGUGAUUUGGAGCAUCCUUUGGAAAAUGAAGCCGAGCCAUCGCUCAGUCACCUGCCUUCUGGUCCUAAACUUGGCAGUGGCAGAUGGUGUGGUUCUUCUCCUGACACCUUUCUUCAUCCUCUUCCUUGUCUUCAAGACCUGGCUGUUUGGGUGGGCCAUUUGCAAAGCAGUGUAUUACCUGUGUUGCAUCAACAUGUUCACUAGCAUCUUCAUCAUCACCCUCAUGAGCGCAGACCGUUGCUUGGCAGUCAGCCAGCCCUAUUAUUCCCAAGCCAUCCGGAAGAAGAAUCUGGUGGUCAAGAUCUUGGUGGGGAUUUGGCUGGCGGCCAUUUUGUUAUCUCUGCCAGCCUUCUUCUUCCGCCAGGUUUUGAAGGAACGCUCACGGGGAUAUCUCAUUUGUGAGCCUUGUCACUCCAGGCCAAGCCUGGCCAUCUUCCACUUCACCAUGGAGACCGUGGUGGCCUUUGUGAUUCCAUUCACCAUUAUUGUUGGCUGUUACUCUGCCAUUCUGGUCCGCCUCAGGGGAGUGCGGAAAAGAAAAGGGGCUCGGACUGAGAAACUGAUUGUGGCCAUUGUGAUCUGUUUUGCUGUCCUCUGGAUGCCCUACCACAUCAUCAACAUGAUCCAGGUGGCUUCCAAUCUAACCUCAGGGCAAAUGGCAGAGCGACUGGGGCAGGCCUGGAAGAGUGGGCGAGCAGGGGCCACAGCCUUAGCAUUCUUGAGCAGCAGCAUCAACCCUGUGCUCUAUGUUUUUGUGGCUGGGAACCUUAUCAAGACUUCGGGCGCCAAUUUCAUUGCCCAGUUUUUCGAGGGAGCAUCUGAUGGGCUCGGACGGAGGUCUCAGUCUCAGAAAAACUUGGACAAAGACUUAAUAGCAGCAGGUGGGGCAUCUGUGAACCUAGACCAGCAGCCACUGGGAAAUGGUGAUGGGGUCGACAAGGACACAGAUUGCAGGCUGAUUGAUGGCACAACAUACAACAUUUCUUAAACUGAGUCACAACAUGAGGAAUUCUAGAAUUGCCUUAUACUGGACCAGUUCCUCCAGCAUGUGAUUGUCAACGCUGACUGGGCAGACGUUCUUCAGAACUUCAUGCAGUGGUCUUAUCGAAGUGAAGGUUUGAAGCCAGGAUCAUUUGUGUACAAAGUAUGAAUUCUGACUCUGUGCUAUUUGCCUGCCCUUCAUGUAAAACUGUCAGCCCUCCCAGGUAAACCAGACAGGAAGCACGACCAAAGAAGCUAUUUCUACUUUAUUGUAAGGCUACAUUAACAGAAUCUUGCAAGUCUGAAAGUACAAGUCACCCACUGUCUCUCUUAUCACCUGAAACUUAGGGUGGAUCCUUUCAAAGUUUCUUUCUCUGCCCACUACUCAGUUGUGGGAUUCUCCCCUUUUUAUCUGAUCAUUCUCUAGGCAGCAUCUCUUCCUCCCAACCCCUGUCUUCCAAGGUCACUCUCACCACUUCUACACUACAUGACAUGCACAACUGGGUUUUUUUUUGCCUCUCCUCCCCUUUUCACUUUGUACCUAAAUUACUGCAAGUGUUGCUUGUUGCUUUUUUCUUCGUUUUUUUAUGGCUACAUUUUCCCCUCUUGCCACAUACACUUGGAGAAAUCCAAUAUACUGAAUUUGGUUCUGUUUUUAUUUUCAUAGCUAGGCUUUAGGUUUGACUCUUAUGAAAAGAACACACAACUAUUGUUGACUUUGAGCAUGUACAGAGUGUUUCCCUGCUAGUAAAUAAGUUGUCCAUGAAUGGUUAGAUGUCAGGGGCCACUUCCUCUUCCUCCUUAAAAAUUAUACAUAGGUUCCUUUCAGGGAAUAUUUGGGUACUGAACAACAAAUGCAAUUUCUCAAAUACCUUAAAGUUAAAAGUAAAGCAAAACUCUUGAAAAUUCCCUGAAUUUGGGGGCAUCUGUAAUGCAGAACCAUGAAGAAGAAUGACAGUUCAGGGGGG